AUGAAUAGAAAGUCAACGGCAUUAUCUCCAUUAAAGCGACCGUCAACUCGUUCAUUAGCAGUAACCAAAUCUCUCUCAACUCAACCGGAUAAAUACACUUUUCAAUCAGACGACGAGGACCAUAGUAAAAAACCGGUGCUUGUGCGAAAAAACCUAACGCCAAUAUCAGCUAAACGCUCCUCCCGCGCUCGGCCAACACCAGCAGCAAAAUCGUCAAAAGUCGACGCCAGUCCGAAACGUACAUCCGUGUCUUCAUCCAACGUUGAAAGUGAUACUGGGACCGAAGAAAAUUUACCCAUCAAAUCAAAACGAUCAGUGUCUCAAACCAAUACAUCCGCAAGUGAGAAAAUCUCAACGGCGAAAAAGCGCGGACGAAAAACCAAAAUGUCGAGUAUAGCAGAUAACGAUCACGAACAAGAAAAAUCAAAACAACAAAUGGAAACAGAGAAUAUAGUUCCGCUUCAAUCAGUGAAACGUCGAUAUAGUAAAAAGAAAACAUUGUCUACUGAUACCAAUCCCAAAAAUGAUCCCAAUGAUGACGAUGGUAAUAAUGAAAAACUAGCCGCCGUUGAUGAAAAAGAUCUUAUGCAAUUUGGCUCACCACAGCAUCAAACGUCAUCUCAACCACCAUCACAACGACAGCAAGAAUCAGAUGACGACUUCAGUGACGAUUCCGUUGAGUUCGUUUGGAAAGGUUCAAGUAAAAUGUCUAUUGAGAUUCUUAAACGUCGUAUACCGAAAGAUGAACCACGAGAAUAUUCGUCAACUCAAUCCGAUCCGACCGCUCAACGCAAACGUGCUAUUAUUCCACGUUUGACUAACUUUGAUGCUCUAUCUGGUCAACCAGUUGACAAUUCAUCAUCAUCGACGACAACAACAGCAACAACAACUAAUAAACGUACACUUAAUGAUAGCUCAGAGCACAAUGCACAACAGAAGAAAUCAAGCCCAAAGAUGACGACCACCACGACUGCAGCAGCUGCAUCAGGCACAGGUGCAACUGAAGAUAAGCCGCGUCCACGAAUCUAUGCGGUAAAAAGCACCACAAUGAAAUCACGUCCAUUACCACCGCAAUCACAACAGCCAGAAAUCAAACGACCGAAGUGGAUGAACGAUCAACAAGGAAAAUCUGAUGAAGAAGAUGACGAUGAAAGUAAUGUGCCGCCAGCUGGAGAGGAGCCCGACGAUUACGAUUACGUACCCAAAGGACAAUAUAUACCAAAACGACCUAGCUACCGAGGCCGCGGUACAUAUCCAGGACGACGUGGAACAGGUAUGCGUGGACGUCCACCAGGUUCACGUCGACAAUGGCAUGAUGAUGAUGAUGACGACGAUGAUUAUGAUCAAUACGAGGAAAUGAAUUCAAGAUAUGGACCACGUAAACAAACCGCAUAUCGAUCGUCACGACCAGCCUAUGACAUGGGCGAUGACGAGGAUUAUGAUAAAAAUCGUCGUAUGAGCUUAACACAAGCGUAUCGUCGAAAUACCAAUGUUCGUCCACCAUUGUCAUCAAUGAGCGGUCAACGUCGUAUUGCAAUUAAUAAUGGCAAUCAUCCAAUAUAUAAACCAUUCAAAUCAUCGAGUUAUCGCCCAACACCAGCUACACUGGGUUUAUCGACGUCGAAUCGUCGUACGAGUAGUACUAGUCGCAGUCCUGUCAGUACAAUCUCCAAACCUCAUCAUCAUCUAUCAUCAACAAUGUCCAAACAUUAUUCGGAUGAAGACUACUAUCAACAACAAACACGUUCAUCAGUCACAACAGCAAAUAAUACAAGUGGAAAUACAUAUGUAACCAAAAUGAAUGAUUCCCAAUUAAACGAUGUUUCCAAUCAAUCUCAAAUUUUCUAUGUGAAUGUGCCACAGCAAGAACAAAAAAAUCAACAAGUUCUGUCCGUGUUAACCUCGGAUCAGCAACAACAACAAGUGCUUCCUGUUACUGUUGUUCAACAAGUUAAAUUACCUGUCGAUGCUCCUAAACAGAAAAAGAUUCUUCCUAAGCCGUCGGCAACAAAUCCAUCAGGCAAUUCAACUAAUGAUCAUUACUCAAAUAAUGCGAAACCAUUUGCUUGGUCACGUCCACCGGGCCGUAUUCAAGCAAGCAAUGAUGAACAUCUAGCAAAUAAACAUACGAAUAAUACGGCUUCAAACAAUACAGAUUUAGAUACUAUGGAAGCUGCACAUGUUCUAGCUACUGCUGCUGAUGUAACAAUGGCAGCCGAUGCACGUCGUAAAGCACAACAACAUGAUGACGAUAUGACAAUGAUGGUCGAUGAAACACCAUCAAAUAUUGCUGGCGAAGAAACGAUUCAGUGUGAUGAUAAUGCAGCUAAACAAAUCGUUCAACAACUUGGUACAAUUACAGCGAACAUCAUUGACGAAAAUGGUGUUGAACAUACUGUUCUCUUAUCAACUGAAGAAGCACAACAAUUACUUGGUUCACAAGGUGCUAUUAUCGUUGAUAGUGAUGGCCAGCCAAUAUCUAUUCAACAAGCACAACCUCAAACAUUUGUUUCACCAUUCGCACUCGAUCAAAAUCAACUACAAGCGUUACUUGCUCAGGCUGGUAUCGACCCCAACACGCCCUUAACUAUUGAACAAAUUGAUCCCAAUCAACAACAACAAGUUGCUACCUUGUGUACAUCACCAGGUGGAACGCAAUACACGGUUCUUACUCAGGCACCAUCUCAACAACAAUUCAUCAUCCAAACAACCAAUGAACCCGAACAAUCGCACGUAUCCGUACCACAGCAAGUCCAGGUACAACUACAACCACAACCACAGUCUGUCAUUCAGCCUCAAGCAAUCGUUCCAAAAGAGGAACUUUCGUCUCCACCAACAAAACGUCGCGCAUUUGCAGUCAAAUCAACAACUCGUCAAGAUGUCUAUGAAGACGUCAAUGAUCGUUCACGACGUAAAAUUUUUGCUACAAAAUCAACUGUUACACAUAUGAAUGACGAUAUUCAUGACGAUCAAGAAGGAUUUAUUGGUACACGAGCAUAUCACCGAAAUACGGGUCGAAAAUAA